AUGGCCGACAACCUACCCCCUUCGUCUCCCACCAGGAAGUCGGCCACCACCAGCGUCAACUCUAACUCCAACCCCAACCUCCUAUCUCCCCCCCGACCAGUCAGCCGCGGCAAGGAGCGAAGAAACCCGUCAAUCACACCUAGGAAGUUCCGACGCUUCUUCACGCCCCGAUCCCGCAUCUCCGCCCAGCCCACCGCGGCCCGCAAAGCCCUCUGCGAUCUCACCGCCCCGGCCCUGAACCGCUACCAGACGCCGUCCAGCCCGCUCAAGCCCAUCUCGGAGGAGGAGCUCCAGGACAGCGGCCACCACGAGCACCGCGGCAAGCGGCGCAAGUUCAACCAUCUGACGACCACGCCUGAGAAGCAGACUACGGCGUAUUUUCCGUCUCCUCUGCAGUCGUCGCCUUUGCUUCCGACUCCGGAUUUGCACCCCGGUUGGGGUAGUAGUCCCCUUCGUUCGCUGCAGUCGCGUCGGGCUUUGCAGGAUGGUGGUGGUGGUGUGUACCGGGAUGAGGACGUGUCUGAGGAUGAGGAGGAGGAGGAGGGUGAGGCGGAUGAGGAAUUGGUGAAGGCGCCGGUGCCAUUGACGGCCCCUGUACCGCUGCAUCAUCGGGGAUUGGGUGCUCAGCUGGUUCAGAGAAUGACGGGUGCUAUGCGCUUUGCUAGUGAGAGGGCACUGGAGUGUCCCGUUGCCGACUGGAGGACUGAGACGGCCGAUUUCCAGAGCCGGCCGCAGGAUGUUCACUAUUCGUCUAGCCAUGAAGAGGCUGCUCGGGCGAUCCCUUUCUGCACGACUGCUUGCCACAACAACAGCUUGGUCGCUGUGGGAGAUGAAGAGGGCUAUGUCCGCCUGCUGGACUCGAACAAGGACUUCUCCAAGAUCCACCUGUCCUUCAAGGCCCACGGGAAUGCCAUCAUCGACAUGGCUUUUUCCGAGGACGACCGUCUUCUGGCCACUGCAUCGGGGGACCAAACCGGCAGAGUGAUUGACAUGAUGACCCAGAACCCUAUUUCCGUCCUCGGACACCACACCGCAGCCCUGAAGCAAGUCCGAUUCCAACCCGGCCGAGGCUCCGGGUGUGUUCUCGCCACGUCCGGCCGCGACGGCAGCGUCCAGAUCUGGGACCUGCGAUGCCGAGGAGGACCGAUCCAGAACAUCCCGAUCGAAUCAGAAACCGGCCUGCACCACCGCCUUCCCAAGCCGCCUAACCCGGGCUGUGUGGUCAACAGCAUCUACGACGCCCACACUCGCACCACGCGACAGGCCAAGGGGCAGAUCUCGGCAUCCGGCGCCGGCGGUGACAUCGCCCGUAUAGGUGAAGUCCCCGGCCGUCUCGGCGAAGUCUCCGUCACAGCCCUUCAGUUCCUCCCUCCCGGCCGAGAACACCUCCUCCUCACCGCCUGCGAAGCCGACGCGAGCGUCAAGCUCUGGGACAUCCGCGCCGUCCACACCAGCCGGCACCACAAAGCCGCCACGCCCGUAUCCUACACCGCGCCCCCAGCCAGCCACGUCUCCUUCCGCCCCUUCGGCGUCUGCUCCAUGGCCCUCGGCGGCGACGGCACGCGCCUCUACGCCCUCUGCAAAGACAACACCGUCUACGCCUACAGCACGGCCCACCUGGUCCUCGGCCACGCCCCCGAACUCACCCCCGCGCCCCCCGGCACCGAACCCCCGCGCCGUCGCCACCACCCGCACGGCAGCGCCCACGAGGGUCUCGGCCCGCUCUACGGCUUCCGCCACCCGCUCUUCCACGCGACCAGCUUCUACGUCAAGGCGGCCAUCCGCCCGGCGUCCGACGGCCGCUCCGAGCUUUUGGCUGUGGGCAGCUCUGACGGCGCAGCCGUGCUGUUCCCUACCGAUGAACGCUACCUGCGCGAUGCCUGGUCAUCGUCGGCGGCAUACCAGAACGAGACGUACUACGUCGGCACCGAGACCGAUAGCGCCGUGCUCCUUGCCCGACCUCGUUCCGGUCUACGCUCUUCUUCCUCCUCAAACACCAACAACCCCACUUCCAAUUCAACCAACCUCCCCCCCCUGAGACGCACAACCAGUUUCACCGACCCCCCUUCCCACUCGGGCUCCAACCCCGGCCCAGGCCCGGGCCCCCUCAGCCGACGCGGUACCCCGCUAGUCCGAGGCCACGGGAAAGAAGUCGGCGCGGUGGCCUGGACAGCCGACGGCAAGCUGGUGACGGUGGGGGAUGAUUUUCUGGUGCGGUGCUGGAGUGAAGACCGGGCGGGUGCGGCGGAUUUGCGGUUGGGGGGCGAGACGGAGGGCAGACGGUGGGGGUGUGGGUGGGCGGAUGUGGGGGAUCGGUGGGAGGGGGAUGGGGAUGAUUGGUAG